AUGAAAUCAAAGGCCCUCGGGGUAUUACAAACGAAAGACGCAGCAUUCAACUUGCAAGUACCACUCAGCGCUGGAUGGACAUGUGUCACAAUUCCUGAACGCGAUGACUAUGUGGACAAAUUUUGUAUUCCUGUUGUAAUUGUUUCGUCAAACAACGAUACCAUCUUUGUCGAUGUUGAUUUUGCUAUUCGAGAUUGUGCUUCGAACAUACAAAAUUCAAGUAUUGUUCUCCAUUACGUCAAAUGUAAAGAAAUCUACUCCGUCUCUAUCUUUUUCAUAUUACGCUACUUAAUUAAUCUCAUUUCAAUCAUGGUUGGCAACAAUCCAAGAGAAGAUAUUUUAACCAGUUGCAAAGCAACGGCGAUGAUUUAUAAUGAUGCUCAAAAGAAAUGGCUGCAUUGCGCACCGAAUGGGCCAGCGAAGAUUCAAUUAUUAUUCUGUCCGGAUACCCAAGCCUAUCGGAUUGUUGGCCGACAAAUUCAAGAUCAUGAAGUGGUUUUAAACCAUUCGAUAACGAAAGGUAUUAAAUACAAUCAAGCAACACCAACAUUCCAUCAAUGGCGAGACCAAUCAUGUGUUUAUGGGUUGAAUUUUUCAUCGAAACUUGACGCACAAGAAUUCGGAAGUACAAUGAUGAAAAUUCUUGAAAAUGUCAAUGCAUCAUCAUCGCAUAUGAUGGUCAACGGUGGAGCGACUCUUCCCUGUUCAUCAACAUCAAUGCUAAAUAAUAAUAAUAACAAUAAUUGCAAUGUGGGUACACCGCCGUACAAACGUCAAUCCAGUCAGCCUCCAUCAACACAUCCGAUGACAACGACGACGACGGCUUCUAUCGUUUCUCCUUCAUCUACUUCGAAUCUAUCUGAUGGUCAGCAGCAACAACAACAACAACAACAACAACAAUACUCAUCAUCACCCUAUCCCAAUCAUUUACGUCAGAAUUCCAAUCCGACAAGUUCGACAUCAAUGUCAAUAAAUAAUAAUAACUAUUACAGUCAACAACAGCAGCAGCACCAAUCAAAUGACGAUGAAGAAACAAACUAUGCUCUCAUCUCAGAUUCCUACUCCUAUUACGGAGAAAGUGCCAAUAAUAAAACCAAUCCUAAUAUUCCACCAGCACCGCCAUUAAAUCAAUCGAUGAUAACUCCAGCUAGCUCGAAUACUGUUCCAGCUGCACCACCACCACCGCCCCCUCCUCCUCCACCACCUUUACCAAACGGUUUCGGUAAUGGACCACCACCUGCACCUGCAUUGGUUCUUUCUAAUACUAACACAGUACGAAAAACAAAUACAGCUAAUACUGCACCGCAGAUGGAUUUGAUGUCAGAAAUGGCAGCUAAAUUUGCUCAACGUCGUAAACUUAUCGACGAAAACGAGCCAAACAAUUCGAUGAAUAAAGUUCCAGCCAAAGUAACAUCAUGUAUGCCAACAACACCGGCGGUUACUUCACCACGAGUUACGCGAAAAACCACGGAAUCUCCAUAUACAUCGAAUGAUUUAGAAAAAUUCAAAACGGAAAUUCUCGCUGAAUUCCGCAAAGAAAUCGAAAAGGCCAAACAAGAAAUUCUCAAUGCUAUUCUCGACAACCUUCAACAAACGAAGAUUUAA